AGCAGCUAUUCACCAGGCACAGUUUUGCUUUGCGCUGAGUUAGUCGCAUAUCCACCAGUCUGAUUUAUAGGUGUAUUUUUUUUAAUGAUUUCCAAGCUCUUGUCCCACACCAUCUCAACACAUUUUAUGGUCGCUAGCUGCCACUCAUCGAAUGGAUUUGUAUCGUCAGGAUGACCUACUAAAAUAGUCUUAGCCUGACAAAGUGAUAGCUACAAUCGCUUGUUGACUAGAGCAAAACUACUUAGCUAGCAACUUCAUGAGGCGCGCACACAAUCCUUAGACAUGAGAAAUGUUUGACGUUGUUGUUAUUAGCUUGCUAGAACGAAGCUAGCAAGAAGCAACUGACGGAACACACUGACACUCGUGUGGAUGUGUUCCAUGUAGUCCCAAGUGAUGGUGAUCCGGACAGGAGUAGAUUGCUAAAGUUCAAGGAGUUAAGUGUAGAAAACAUUUUUCUAAUAUUACCUGACGGUAUAGUAAGCUAAUACAUCGAGAUAUUGCCCAAUUGUAGAUCGUAUAUCGGGAUGCAAACUUAGCUACAGCCAUCUACGGACCAGCAAGCUGCAGAGAAGCUAGCUAGUGGCGUUAGCUAGCUAAUGUAGUUAGCAUCAACUACUAAACAACCCCCUUUCUUUCGGACAUCAGGAUAUCAAUUGCGAUUUUUUUCUGGAGUAUUGUCUACAAAUUUCUACUCAUUCGCCACUGCUUUUUGCUGACCUAUUUUCACGGCGUGUAAUCAACUGACCAUCAACUCUGCCUCUCCAGUUCCGUGGCUGGCUGGCUAGCUACGCUAGUUAUCCAGCCUGCCACCCGCCGUGCACUUCCCCCACUCAACUCCUUCUUCAGCCGGCUAGCUUUAGCUAGCCCGCUAAGUAGAAUGAGACGAGCGUCAACCAUUUAAUUGUGUUCCCGGCUACAGAUAUGGAUUGUUCUGAUGUAUGAGGAUACAACAAUCACAUUGUAGGUCUCUGUCAAGGAGAUCAAAACAUCAGGAGAGGGGAUGGACGAGCAGAAAUCGAACUGCGAAGAAAAUGACUCUGAACCUACAGCUGAUGACAGUGCCCCUAAGGAGCAGCCAGUCCCCUCCAAGGGGGAAUCAACGCCCCCCCCGGCUGCAGAGGACGGGUUGGACACAGCUGCUGCCACCUCCAGCUUGAAUGUGGAGAGCAGUACAAGAGCCUGUGCUCUUUGUAACUGCGUGGAGCGCAGUUUGCAUGGACAACGGGAGCUACGACGUUUUGGGCACUCUUCCUCCCCACCGGCCCUGGAGCCCUCGCCUUCCUCACUGCCAGGGCCUGGGAACGAUGACCUGUCUUCCAUCGGUUUCUCUGACUCCAGCGCGUCCAUUGUGGCGGCGCUUUUCGAUGACACAGGGGGCUGCUGGGUUCACCACUGGUGUGCAGUGUGGUCAGAGGGAGUGAGGCCGGCCGGAGGGGCCGGGGAGGAGCUGGAGAACGUGGACAAGGCCGUCAUCUCAGGGACACAGCGGCUGUGUGAAUAUUGCAAGCGUCUGGGUGCUACCAUCCGAUGCCACGUCGAGGGCUGCUCGCGGUUCUACCACUUCCCAUGCUCCGCCGCCAGUGGCUCCUUCCAGUCCAUGAAGCAGCUGGCGCUCCUCUGCCCCCAGCACAUCGACAAGGCUGAGGAGAUGGUGGGCGAGGAGGCGCGCUGUGCAGUCUGUGACUCGGCUGGGGAGCUACUCAACCUGCUUUUUUGUACCGGUUGCGGUCAGCAUUACCACGCCUCUUGUCUGGAAAUCAGCGCCACGCCCAUCCAGAGGUCCGGCUGGCAGUGCCCAGAGUGUAAAGUGUGUCAGACAUGCAGGCAGCCAGGGGAGGACUCCAUGAUGUUGGUGUGUGACGCCUGCGAUAAGGGCUACCACACCUUCUGUCUCCAGCCCGCCAUGGACUCCCUUCCCUCGGACACAUGGAAGUGCAGACGGUGUCGGGUGUGCACGGACUGCGGCGCUCGCGGCCCGGCCCUGCCCGGCUCGGCCCAGUGGUUUGACAACUACGCCGUGUGUGAGGGCUGCCAGCGGACUCGCAGCUCCACGUGUGCCGUCUGCCGCCAAGCCUCGGAUCCGCCGGUCCCGCUGCCUCGUUGCCGCGCCUGCCUCCGGUGGGUGCACGAUGAGUGCUCCUUUCUGUCGGAGCCACCUGAGGGAAAACGCAUCUGUUCGCUGUGCCGAGACCGGGCACCCGCGCCGGACCCCGUCGCACCGACGGACGUGGGGGAGACGCAGGCCGUGGAGGCGGAAGGGUCCGUGGGGACGCUCGGAGGACAGGCGGACGCCGUUGCCGCAGCAACAGAUCAGGCGGAUGCCCUGGCGGUCGCACAGAUGGGUGCGUGUGAGGCGACCGUGGGACAGACGGCCAGGUCGGAGGAGGUGCCCGUCGAUCCUGCCCAGGCCAGGACGGACGAGGAGGUGCCCAUGGAGCUUGGGAUGGAUGCAGGAGUGAUUGGGAGCACCCAUGUGGAGGGGAGUAGUGCCAUGGAGGAGGGUCCUCGGCUGGAAACCGAGGAGGUCCCUACGGAACAGCCCACUGUCCUCCCUGAGCUGGCAGGAAAAUGUGAAACGGAACAACAGGAGGCCUGUUGUUCACCUGUGGCUUCUCUGGAGCCCCCCAAACCUCAACCCCAUGUCAGCUCGGCGCCUAUCCCGGAGUCCCCGGAGUCCCCGGAGCAGCAGGCGCCGCAGUCACCGGAGCCAGCCCCCGUGGUCGAGCUGGGCCCUGUGUACAUGAAGGAGAAGCAGAAGGAGGCGCCUAAGCUCUCGACAGAGCAGCUGCCCACGCAGGAAAGGGACGAGGAGGAGAGAAGCGGCGAGGGCGUGUCGCCCGCCAAGCCGUCUGUUCGGGAAUCGCCAGAGUCACCGACUCCUCCCGUCUCCACUCCGGAGGCGGAGCCUGUUUCCAUGCAAACGGAUGAGGUGGGGCUUACGGAGGAAGCUGCGAGUGACCUAAUGGAGGAGUGCUCGGGGUCUCCUGCUCCGCAUGGGGACGCCAACGAGUCUGCUCCUAGUGCUGUGGAGACUGAGGACAGGGCUACUCAGUCGGAGGAGGAGGAGGAGUUUGGAGAAGAGGAGGAGGAGGAGCCCAGGAAGGAGGCAGAAGGAGAGGGUCGACUUAGUCAUCCAAGGAGGGUGAAGAUUAAGCUGGAGCCCCAGGACCCUACGGAGGAACAGGAAGACACCAAGCCUGAUCACCUCCUCCUGGAUGAGAUGUCCAACCAGAGCCACGGGGAUGAGAGCAGCUCUGGGUUCCUCGGCUCCCCAGCCGAGGCAGAGCCAGACGCACAGCUCUCCAUGGAGCUCAGCUUGAUGCCCACUGGCCGCUCCCGCUCCGACUCCCUGCUCACUGAGACGGACGACUCCCUGCCCUUUGACCCCCUCAAACCAGACGGGGAGAAGAAGAGGAGAGGCUCGCCUGGACGUUCCCGUGUCAAACAGGGGCGAGGCAGCAGCAGUUUUCCCGGGAAGCGGCGCCCCCGAGGGGCUGGGGGUGGUGGCGGAGGAGGAGGUGGUCGUGGGCGUGGCGGGAGGAACCGGUUCAAAGCCAUGGCCUCCUGCAUCGAUGCCUUCCUGCUGAGUAUGACCGCGACAGACUCUGGACUGAACAAGGAGGAGGAGGAGGGCGAAGAAGAUGAGGCUAUGCAGAACACAGUGGUGCUUUUCUCCAACACAGACAAAUUUGUCCUGCUCCAGGACAUGUGUGUGGUGUGUGGCAGUUUUGGGAAGGGUGUUGAGGGGCAGCUGCUGGCCUGUGCCCAGUGUGCUCAGUGUUACCACCCCUACUGUGUGAACAGCAAGAUAACUAAAAUGAUGCUGCGUAAGGGCUGGCGCUGUCUGGAAUGUAUCGUGUGUGAGGUGUGCGGUAAGGCCUCUGACCCGGCCCGCCUGCUGCUCUGUGACGACUGUGAUGUCAGCUACCACACCUACUGCCUGGACCCACCGCUGCACACCGUCCCCAAGGGGGGGUGGAAGUGCAAAUGGUGUGUCUCCUGUAUGCAGUGUGGCGCCAGCAGCCCGGGGUUCCACUGUGAGUGGCAGAACAACUACACGCACUGUGGCCCCUGCGCCAGUCUAGUCACGUGCCCCGUCUGCCGGGAGAACUUCAUGGAGGAAGAACUGCUGUUGCAGUGCCAGCACUGUGAUCGGUGGGUGCACGCGGUGUGUGAGAGUCUGUACACCGAGGACGAGGUGGAGCAGGCGUCGGACGAGGGCUUCGCCUGCACCUCCUGCACUCCCUACGUCCCCAAGCCCAUAGUGACAAUGGACACCACCUACAUGACGGCCAUAAAGAUUAAAGAACCUGAGCCCCAGUUUUACCGGUUGGAGGGGGUGUGGCUGACGGAGACGGGUAUGUCCCUGCUGCGAAGCAUCUCCAUGUCUCCCCUGCACAAAAGACGUCAGCGGCGCUCCCGGCUGGGCCUGUGUGGAGAGGGCGGGGCCGACGGCCUGGAGCUGAAGGAGGGAGACGGGGAUGAGGGCAAAGGCUGUGGGGAGCCCAUGGACUGUGAGCCAGGAGCUCCAAUUGUAAAACAGGAGGCUCCAGGGAGUCCAGACAGAGAUGGAACAGAGGGAGGUGCUGAGGGCAUGGAUGAGGGCCUCCUGAAAGGUGGAGUGGAGGAGACGGAUGAUGGGAAGAAGAGAAAGCGGAAACCCUACAGACCAGGGAUCGGUGGCUUCAUGGUGCGCCAGAGGAAGUGUCACACAAGGAUGAAGAAAGGUCUGUUCCCUCAUCUGUCUCAUCUGGCUGGAGACGGGACUGCUAUUAUAGAUGGACAGGCCGGAGAGAAGCCAGGCCUGGAGGAAGGGCCCCAUCCAGACACGCCUAUGGAUGGACUGCCGGACACAAAGCCUGCUGAAGGAGAGGGGGAGCAGGCCAAGAAACGACGAGGCAGAAAGAAGAGCAAACUGGAGGACAUGUUCCCAGCUUACUUACAGGAAGCGUUUUUUGGUAAGCAACUGAUGGACCUGAGCAAGAAGGCUCUCCUGGUUC